ACACACGCACAGGCACACACACUCCAGAUUUCACAGCACACAGAGACAGACUAAGACACGUCUGACAUUCCCGAGGAUCCUCUCUGACAUACACAGCUCUACUCCAGAACCAUGCCGUGUGAGAACGUCCUGUCCUUCCUGAAGAGCCUGUCUCGGCGGAAGCCUCUGGAACCCGACGGCGAGGAGUCCAACUUCUGCCGAUGCCUGACGACCCUCGACCUGGUGGCGCUGGGCGUGGGCAGCACGCUGGGCGCGGGGGUCUACGUCCUGUCGGGUGAAGUGGCCCGAACCGUGGCCGGCCCCAGCAUCAUCAUCUCCUUCUUCAUCGCCGCCUUGGCCUCGGUCUUCGCGGGGCUGUGCUACGCCGAGUUCGGGGCCCGAGUCCCAAAGACGGGGUCUGCGUACCUCUACAGCUACGUCACCGUCGGGGAGGUGUGGGCCUUCAUCACCGGCUGGAAUCUACUGCUGUCGUACGUGAUUGGCACGUCCAGCGUGGCCAGGGCCUGGAGCGGAACAUUUGAUGACCUCAUCGGGAACAAGAUCGCCACUGCCUUGCGGGAACAUCUGGCCAUGGACCUGCCCGGCCUCGCCCCCUACCCAGACUUCUUUGCAGCAGGGCUGAUCAUGCUCCUGGCCGGCAUUCUGGCGUUCGGAGUUCGGGAGUCUGCCAUAGUCAACAAGAUUUUUACUGCCGUCAACAUCCUGGUCUUGAUCUUCGUCAUCAUCAGUGGCUUCAUCAAGGGAGACCUGGAGAACUGGAGUCUCACGCCGGAGUUCAUCUUCAACCAGACAGGGAACUUCAGCGACCCGACGGAGCCGGACCCCAUCUACGGCACCGGGGGCUUCUUCCCGUUCGGGUUUGAGGGAACAAUCGCUGGAGCAGCUACCUGCUUCUACGCCUUCGUCGGCUUUGACUGCAUCGCCACCACAAGCGAGGAGGUGAAGGAUCCCCAGAAGUCCAUCCCGGUGGGCAUCGUGGCGUCUCUGCUCAUCUGUUUCCUGGCGUACUUCGGCGUGUCUGCGGCGCUGACGCUCAUGAUGCCGUACUUCCUGCUGAGCAUUCAGAGCCCGCUGCCGGUGGCGUUCACCUACGUGGGCUGGAAUCCCGCCAAGUAUGUGGUGGCCGUGGGCUCGCUCUGCGCCCUCUCCACCAGCCUUCUGGGUUCUAUGUUCCCCAUGCCGCGGGUUCUGUUUGCCAUGGCUCGAGACGGACUCCUCUUCAAGCCUCUGAGCAACAUGAGCGCCCGGCAGAGUCCCGUCAUCGCUACCCUCUCCUCAGGAGCUGUCGCUGCUGUCAUGGCCCUGCUCUUUGACCUGAAGGCGCUGGUGGACAUGAUGUCCAUUGGAACUCUCUUUGCCUACACUCUGGUGGCCGUCUGCAUUCUCAUCCUGCGAUACCAGCCUGCUGCCUGUGAUGAGACGGGUGAAAAACAGACCCCUGUAUGGAGCAUCCUGAAGCCACCAUCCUCGCCCAACCCAAAGACCUCACAAUUCGUCUCAUUGCUUACCAUCUUUAUGAUCAUGCUGGCCAUCAUCCUGUGUGUGAUCCUGAGCAGGGGAAUGGACUCCAUUGGUCAGUGGUGGAUGAUCCUGCUGCUGGCGGUGGCGGGCGUGCUCCUGCUGCUGUCCCUGGCUGCAGUGUGGCGGCAGCCCCAGAGCUGUUCUAAGGCCGCCUUCAUGGUGCCUCUGGUCCCUCUGCUGCCCGUGCUGAGUCUGUGUGUCAACAUCUACCUCAUGGUGCAGCUGGACGGCCAGACCUGGAUCCGUUACUCCAUCUGGAUGGCAGUCGGUCUCCUGAUCUACUUCUCUUACGGAGUCCGCUUCAGUGUGCAGAAGCAGCGCAUGGAGUCCUCCGGGAGCCCUGUGGAGAUUUCCACCAUCGACCAGAAGCAUGAACCGGACAGUGCCCUGCGACAAACCAAACUAUAAGCCCGACACCUGUAGAGGUUCUGGAACUAUAAGCCCAACACCUGUAGAGGUUCUGGAACUACAAGGACAAUUCCUCUCUCUCUUGGACGAGGACCAAUUCCGAUUUCUUUCGGAUGAGGACCAAUUUCUUUCUAAUGUUUAGUUGCAGAAAAAAAUAUUUCUGUUGAGAAUAAAUAGUGUUACUUUUACCCUUACCUUCCCCUAAAAAGCAAAUCCCAAGUGAAUUGUUGAUUUAAAUGAAGACUUAAAUGAAACAUACUGCAGUUCACUAACAGUGGAUUGAUGCAUAAUUACAGUAUGUUAAACAUUUACAUGGCCAGUAUUCAUGUUUAUCUUGUUUUGGGAGAGUGUGUGUGUUUGUGUAUGUGUAUUUUCUAAACUUGUAUUUUAAAAGGCUUUUGUGGAAAGAAUGAUAUUGGAGCUCAUAAAUAUGUCUUUAUGGUAAUGUUUCGAUUAAGGUAGCAUUAAUGAUAAGAAAUAAUAAUAAAAAAUAUUCAUACAUAAUUAA